GGGCGGUGGCGGCGGGGCUGUCUGAGGGAAUGCGGGCGGCCAAGAUGGCUGCCGCUGCCGCCGCUGCCGCGCGUCACCUGCUGAGGAGCUGCAGCCAGCUGCGGGUGCCGCUGCGAUGGAGAGGCCAGGCCACGGCGGCGGCGGUGACGGAGAGCGCCCGGCCGCGGGAGCAGCCCCAGGAGCGGAAACCUAAGACAGGAAUCUUGAUGUUGAACAUGGGAGGCCCGGAGCGGCUGGAUGACGUCCACGAUUUCCUGCUGCGUCUCUUCCUGGACAGGGAUCUGAUGACCCUUCCUGUUCAAAAUAAGCUGGCCCCGCUGAUCGCCAGGCGCCGCACGCCCAAGAUCCAGGAGCAGUACAGCAGGAUCGGUGGCGGCUCCCCCAUCAAGAAGUGGACGGCGCUGCAGGGAGAGGGCAUGGUGAAGCUGCUGGACAGCAUGUCUCCUCACACUGCCCCUCACAAGUACUACAUCGGGUUCCGCUACGUGCACCCGCUGACCGAGGAGGCCGUGGAGCAGAUGGAGAGCGACGGCAUCCAGAGGGCCAUCGCCUUCACGCAGUACCCCCAGUACAGCUGCUCCACCACAGGAAGCAGUUUAAAUGCCAUUUAUCGCUACUAUAACCAGAGAGGGGAGAAGCCCAAGAUGAAGUGGAGCAUAAUUGACCGAUGGCCCACACAUCCCCUUCUCAUUCAGUGCUUUGCCGAUCACAUCCAGAAGGAGCUGAACCUGUUCCCACCAGACAAAAGGAAAGAGGUGGUCAUCCUCUUCUCAGCCCACUCGCUGCCCAUGUCUGUGGUGAACCGUGGCGAUCCCUACCCUCAGGAAGUGGGAGCUACUGUCCAGAGGGUCAUGGAGAAGCUCAACUACUCCAACCCUUACAGGCUGGUGUGGCAGUCCAAGGUUGGACCAAUGCCCUGGCUUGGUCCCCAGACAGACGAGACCAUUAAGGGCCUGUGCCAGAGAGGAAAGAAGAACAUGCUGCUGGUCCCAAUAGCAUUUACCAGUGACCACAUUGAGACUCUGUAUGAGCUGGACAUCGAGUAUGCCCAGGUUUUGGCCAACGAGUGUGGAGUUGAAAACAUCAGAAGAGCGGAGUCUCUCAAUGGAAAUCCACUGUUCUCCAAGGCCCUGGCAGACCUGGUGUGCUCCCACCUGCAGUCCAACGAGGUGUGCUCCCGGCAGCUGACGCUGUGCUGCCCGCUGUGCGUCAACCCCGUGUGCAGGGAGACCAAGGCGUUCUUCAGCAGCCAGCCCCUGUGAGCCAGCCCAGCAGCCCUCAGAGCAGCCCGGGGCUGCUGUGCCCCCUGCAGCACGCACAGCCUGGCUUGGGGGCACCCUCCUGGUGUUUUCUUUGGUUGAGAAGAGUGUAGGAAGUAGGGAGAUAAGGGCAUUUAUCCUGUCAGGUGUGAGGAGAUCUCCUGUCAUCCGACCCCGAUGGGACUUAGGUGAGCCCAGCAGGACACACUGAAAAUCCUACACAGCUUUUUUACAGUUAGCUUCUCUUUCUCUGCAGGGAUUUACUUGUGUGCAGGGUGGUCAGGAGCUCAUUAACUUGGCCAGGUUGAAGGUACACUGAUUUUGGUUUUGGUUAAGGUGCAGUGUGACCAGCACAGUCUGUGGUCUGUUCUGAGAGGGACUUUGCAGCUGGCUUUGGAGACUUUGGAGAUCAGGUUACUUCUAAUGCUUUUUAAUAAGGUGUGUAUGUAUAUAUAUUUUUUGUAAUUUUUUUUUCCGAGUAUAAAGAUAAGGCUUUGUUUUGGUUUGGUUUUCUCCUGCUGGAAACUUCCUGUGAAAGCUUAGCUGGGGUAGUAGAACGCACAAAACUUGUUUACAUUUUCUAGGAGAAACAUUUUUGUUAUCUGCAGGAAAGUAUUUGAAGAGUAUAAAUGGAAAGGAAUUAGGGAAUUAGCCUGCUUGGGUAAUACUGGAGAAUUUGCUCCACUGAAACUGUGUGUUUCAAGUCCAGCAGGAGCAUGUGUGGAAACAUGUUGGCUUAUGUGUUAAGCAGAAUGGCUGUUUAAAUUCUUCUUAUUUUUAUUUAAAAAGGGCUUUUUCUGUUCGGUGAAGUAAACUUAGGAAGUCAGGCUUGUACUCCAGGAGGUUUAUAGAUCCACUCUGUGCUUUCUACUGUGCCACAGUACUGUGGUUUUGUGGGAUGCCUAUGGAGUGCCAUAGGUGGGAUUGAUCUGGCUUAAUUGCUGUAGUUUAAACGGAGGUGAUCAGUCAGGAGCGAUUUAGAUUUCCCGUCGCAGAUGCCUGAGCGCAGGCAGCCCGGUGCUGGGCUCUCCUGAGAGGCUGCCAGCCCCAGUGCUGGGCAGGGCCCUGGCAGCGGGUGUGCCCCCCGAGGCACAGGGUCCCCUCCUGCCUGCCGCGGCGGGAGCAAAGCUGUGACAGUGGCACUGAGCCCUUCGUGUGGCAGCCUGCUGGCACCUCCUUGGGCACACGUUUACUUGAUGUCCUUAGCACUGAAAUGCCAGGACCUGGGCACUGCAGGCUGGUUCCUGGGAACUGCUGCUGGCUGGGAAGCAGAUGCCAUGCUGCUCAGCCAGGCUGCCUACUCAGCAGUUUGCACCUCAGGUCCUUUGGGAACAGGGUGUUUAAAGAGAGAAGAGGCCUCCUGUGGUGUAUCAGGGGUUUGUCCCGUUCUGGUUUGUUGUUGGAAUUAAGGAUGGGG